CUGACAGUCCGCCAUCGUCGUCGUCGUCGGUGCCGGCGCCCGCCAUGGCCACUCCCUCGCUGUCACGCACGCUCAACAGACUUGUUGCAGCGUUUAUUGCCGCUGUCAAUAGAUUAGACAAGUCUCUCUACAUAGACGAUACCCUCGCCAAGGUCCGCGCGCACAAAUGGGUGUUGUCCGACGCCAUCUACGUCUUCCACUUGGUACUCGCAUGUUUCUGGAUCAGUAUCAUGCCCGGCUUUCCGUGGAAACUGUUCAUUCCUCUAUUGUACGCCAUCCUCGUUCUGGUCCCGCUCACAUCCCAGUUCUUCUUCCGGGGCAUGCCAGUGCUCUCGUGGGUCCUCGCCUUCUUCACCUCUCGCUUCAUUCCCCUGGAAUGGCGUCCACCCAUCUCCGUCGCACUCCUCCCUACGCUUGAAACCGUCCUCUAUGGCGCAAACGUAUCCGACAUCCUCACCCGCUUCACCCACCCCUUCCUCGACGUCCUCGCCUGGCUCCCCUACGGCGUCAUCCACUUCACCUUCCCCUUCGUCGUCGCCUUCCUCCUCUGGAUCUUCCGGCGCAAAGAAGCCCUUCACACCUUCUCCAAGGCCUUCGGCUACAUGAACCUCAUCGGCGUCCUCACCCAGAUCCUCUUCCCCUGCGCCGCACCCUGGUACGAGCUUAUCUACGGCCUCACACCCGCCGACUACUCCGUCCCCGGCUCCCCCGGCGGCCUCGCGCGCAUCGACCGGCUCCUGCACCAAAACACGUACACCGUCGGCUUCCACAACUCGCCCGUCGUCUUCGGCGCCUUCCCGUCGCUGCACGCCGGCUGCGCCACGAUGGAGGCCCUCUUCGUCUCGCACUUCUUCCCCCAGUGGCGCACCGCCGUCUGGGCCUACGCCGGCCUGCUCUACUGGGCGACGAUGUACCUCACCCACCACUACCUCAUCGACGUCGUCGCCGGCGCCUGCCUCGCCAUCGCCUGCUUCUACUUCUGGCUCCCGGACGACCUCAAGGGCGCGCAGGCCGCCGCGCCGCCCGUCGAGCCCGGCGGGGCCCGGGGCAGAGCCAAGUACGGGCUGUACGAUAUCGACGAGCCGCUGCCGCGCACGAUGCACGGCGCGGCGAUGGAGGACGACGACGCAUCCGAUUCGGAGGAUAUGAUCGCGGAGCACGAUAUCACCUACCGCUCGCCCGUGCCCGGCAGCCAGGCGUUCGCGGCGCAGCAGAGGAGGGAGAAGAAGAACCACAAGCAUACGGCGAGCAUCGCGAGCCUGAUACGCGCGGACGAUCGCGUCGAGGAUGGAUGGAGCCCGAUCGGCGGGUCGUUCGGGAGCAUGCCGCCCACGCCUACGCGGGCGACUGCGGCGACGGAGCGGGAACUGGAGGGCGGCACGAAGAGAAACUAGGGCUUCGGGGCAUGACGGGCUCAUCGGGUCGGGACGAUUUACUCUGGAUUUCUAUAUACAUUUCUAGUACGCGUAUAUAUCUGAGGAUAAUGUGAAUAAUGCAACAAUCUCGGAUCUGAAUGCACCCGAGCGGAUCGAGGCCGCUAGUCGAUCCCAACGCCGGUCAGGCAUCGCAACCAUUAGCUGGGAAUAUCAUUGGUAGGAUCGACUGCAAACUGGUACAUAAUACAGUGUAAAGGCACUGGUUGAUGCACUCAAAACCGGCAGGCUCCUCCACUUCGCACAUGCCACAUUCUCUUUCUUUU